AUGGCCAAAUACGAAGAGUUCCUUGAUGGCAUGGUGAACGUUCUUCGCGAGAAUAAUCCAGAAUAUGAAGAGCUCCUUGAUGGCGCAUUGAACGCUGUUGGCGAGAGUAUUCAAGAGAUUGUAGGAGAUUUACGUAAGAGAGCUUUCACGCCAGCAAGAACUUCACUCCUUGGUCGUGAAGGCAUGAACAAGACUGCCGUUGUGAAUUUCAUGGACAUCUGCGAAAAGAUGCACAAGGAGCCAGAGCAUGUUAUGAGGUUCUUACUUCCUCAGAUGGGAACAACUGGACACUUGAAUGGACAACAAAGGCUUGUUGUUAAGGGAAAAUUUGAUUCCAGUAAUUUUGAAGGGAUUCUGAAAACAUAUAUCAAUGAUUAUGUUUCUUUUUUCUGA